UUCCUUUGUAGCUACAAAGUUAAUAUUUUCAACUUCAACAAAAGUAGGCUCAUGAAAACAUUAUUCUCAUCCAACAAAAGUUGUGGCAAUUGUCUCAAAUUACAACCCUCAGAUGUACUUGAGCCCAAAAUCUCCAUAUACCAAAAUACAAACCCUAGCCGUCUCACUUCCUCCACCACCAAUUCCCGCGAGGACAAUGCUGACAAAAAAGUUUUCGCUUCCACCACCAUCUCAAAAGCUGACACUAUUUAUCACAACGACGACACAUUGAAUCAUAGUAUUCUAAAAUCGGGCACAAAACUCAUCGAUAGCAUUGCUGUUGAGAAGGACUCGCAUGAUCCACAUGAAGAUUUUCGAAACUCCAUAGUUCAAAUGAUAUUAGAGAGAGAGAUCUACUUAGAAAGAGAUCUUGAAGAACUUCUUGAAUGCUUUCUUCAACUUAAUGCAAAGUGUCACCACCAAGUCAUUGUUCGAGCUUUCAUGGAGAUUUGUGAAGAAAUAUUCCCUAAAAAGUUUCAUGGUGAUGAAGCAUCUUAAAGGAAUAAUCAAAUUAUUAUUAAACUUUAUUAAGGAACUUAUAUUUGGAAUUGUUUGCUGAAGGAGUGGGUGAUAAUUAGGGUUGGGAAUAGGUCAUGCGCCUUCGACCUAGCCUGUGUAAGCCUGGUCUGACCUAUUUAUUAAAAAUAUCAGACUUAAACUUUGAUAGGCCGUAGGCAAAAUCGUAGGUCAGGCUCAGGCCUAUCAAGGUCCGGCAUGUUCCUAACCCUAGUGAUAAUUAGGGAUCCGGUAUGAGCUUCGCUCAAAUCAAGGAGAUAUUUGUUUUGUGUUUCUCCUUAAGAGGAAAACGUUUAACUAUUUUCUA